GGUGAUAACCAGUGAACCACAAUAUGUCUGGAAAUGCUGCUUCAUCAAUUUUUCCUCCUUCAAACCCCAAAAAUAUUCCCACAUCCAAUUCGGAUCGACAAUGUGCAGAUUAUCAUCCUUCUCCUUGGAAUGAUUAUUUCCUUCAAUACGCUUCUGAUUCUUUGGAAAUUGAUGAUGAAAUGAAGAGAAGCAUUGAAACAUUGAAAGAAGAAGUGAGGAAGAUGCUUGUCUCUAUCAUGGGGAAGCCCUUAAUGAAAGCUGAAAUGGUUGAUUCAAUUCAACGUUUGGGGUUGUCUUAUCAUUUUGAAGCUGAGAUUGAUGAAGUGUUGAAGCAAAUUCACAAUGAUUCUGUUGAAAAUAAUGAAAUAACUCAUAUUGAAGAUCUCCAUUCUGUUGCUCUGCUCUUCAGGUUAUUGAGGCAACAUGGAUAUCCUACUUCAGCUGAUGUGUUCAACAAGUUCAAGGAUGAGAAAGGAAACUUUAGCGAAACACUUACUUCAGAUGUUGAAGGAAUGAUAAGUUUAUAUGAGGCCUCUCAUCUGAGUAUUCAUGGAGAAGACAUUUUAGAUAAAGCACUCGCUUUCACCACCAACCAUCUCCAAUCCAUCACCGCUGAAUCAAACCCUUUUGUUGCAGCAAAACUAAAUCAUGUCUUGAACCAAUGUCCAUAUAGGGGAAUACCAAGGCUAGAGGCAAGAAAGUACAUCUCAAUCUACCACCUUCACCCUUCCCAUAACGAAGUCCUUUUGACCUUAGCAAAACUAGACUUCAACGCACUCCAAAAGCUUCAUCAAAAAGAAAUUGGCAACAUUUGCAAAUGGUGGAACAGUUUGGAUGUGCCAAGAAAUCUAUCAUAUGCAAGAGGCCGGAUUGUGGAAAGUUUCUUUUGGGGUCUUGUGGUUAUUUUCGAGCCUCAAUACUCCAAAGGCAGAAGCGUCUUGGCCAAAGAAAUUAGCUUCUUAACUCUCAUUGAUGAUACAUACGAUGUUUAUGGCACCCUUGAUGAACUAGAACUCUUCACUGCCUCGAUUGAGAGAUGGGAUACUAGUUGCUUGGAUGACCUCCCAGGAUAUAUGAAGCUACUUUAUAAGGAACUAUUGAAUCUGUUUGAAAAAAUAGAUGAUGAGGACAUGGGCAAAGAAGGAAGGUCACACAAUGUUGACUAUCUCAUAAAAGAUUUUAAAAAGAUUGUACAAGCUUACAUGACAGAAACCAGAUGGUUACAAAGAAACUAUGUACCAACAACAGAGGAGUACUUAAAGAUAGCCACAAUAACUACUUGUUUUACAUUCCUAUCCAUGUCAUCUUUCAUUUGUAUGGGAGACAUUGUAACUGAGGAUGUUCUCAAAUGGGUAGAGACCCACCCUAAGAUUCUCAGAGCUGCUUCUAUUAUUGGCAGGCUCAUGGAUGACAUCGUCUCUAACGAGUUUGAGCAGAAAAGAAAGCACAUCGCCUCACUUUUGGAGUGCUAUAUGAAGGAACAUGGAGUGUCAAGGCAGGAAGCCAUAGAUGAAUUAAGGAAGAUGCUUGAGAGAGCCUGGAAGGAUAUCAAUGAGGAAUGUCUUAGACCAACUCAAGUACCUAUGCCCUUUCUUAUGAUACUUCUGAAUCUUGCUCGUUUCAUGGAUGUGAUGUACAAGGAAGCUGAUAAUUAUACUCAUGCUGGAGGAAUCAUGAAGGAGUUCAUUACUCUACAACUUGUGGAUCCUGUGCCAAUAUGAGCAACAUAUAUAUGCAUAUUGGGGCUUCUUUGCUAAAAUGUGUCCCUUUAUAACUUUGGCUUUAUUCCAUGGGUUAGGGUCUGAAUUUACUUGGAAGUUUUCAGUUUUCACUGAGGAGCAUUGAGCACUUAGAAUUUUUUUGGAUACAAGUUUGUCUCGAAAGUUUAAAAUCCUAGUAAUAUUGUCUACCUCCUACCAUUAAAAACAGUCAGUGUUAACAUUUUAAUGGUCAACAUUAGUUUUUAAUAGC